AUGUUGUGGCAGAGCUUCGACCACCCAACUGACACGUUCCUCCCCGGCAUGAAGAUCGGGCUCAGAUACAAAACGCGAACCGGGGAUCGCCUGGUGUCCUGGAAGGGCCCCAACGACCCCUCUCCAGGGCGUUUCUCCUACGGCGGUGACCCGGCUACGUUCCUCCAGAUAUUCAUCUGGGAUGGAGCACGACCUGUGUACCGCAACAUCCCAUGGACAGGGUUCCGGGUGAAGAGCGAACACAAGUACCAGCAGGCGGAUCCAAACGCUAGCGCCAUCAUCGCCUACAUGGCUGUCGUCAAUACCGACGAGGAGAUCUACGUGACCUACAGCCUCUCCCACGGUGCUGCACGUACCAGGUAUGUACUGACCUACUCCGGCGAGUACCGACUCGAGAGUUGGAGCAGCAGGUUGUUGAAGUGGACUGUCCUCGCCAAGUGGCCACCCACCGACUGCACCCGCUACGGCUACUGUGGCUCGUAUGGGUACUGCGACGCUACGGCGGCGCCCGUACCGACGUGUAAGUGCCUCGACGGCUUCGAGCCGACGAGCAGGGAGGAAUGGGACGGUGGCAGGUUCUCAAAGGGGUGCCGACGAACGGUGCCAUUACGCGGGUGCGGCGACGGCUUCAUCACCAUGCCAUUGAUGAAGUCGCCGGACAGGUUCACGUUUAUCAGCGGGAACGAGAGCACAUUGGAGGAGUGUGCAGCGGAGUGCGGCCGUAAUUGCUCCGGUGUGGCAUACGCGUUCGCCAACUUGGGCAGCGCUAGGUCAGGAGGAGACAUGACGAGGUGCUUGGUGUGGGCCGGGGAGUUGGUUGACGGUGGGAAGAUAGGUGAAGUGCCUGGUGGGAACACGCUCUACCUUCGCCUCGCAGGCCUGGAAGCACUACAUGGACCAGCUGGCGGACGGCAGACCAGAUCUCGUCGGCCGAGAAGGGCUGUGAUUGCAUUAGGAACAAGUGUUGUUAUUCUACUCACGUGCAUUUUCGUGGUAUGGUUAAAGUUCAAAGGCAAGAAAACAAAGCUGAGAAAGGACAACAACAAGAUAACAUUUGAUGAUAUGAGUACCUCUUAUGAACUUGAGGACGGAAACCCUCCCCAUGAUCAUGAAUUAGCAUUUGUGAGACUUGAGGAAAUAGCCCAAGCAACAGACAAUUUCUCCGAAACAUGUUUGAUUGGACAGGGAGGCUUUGGAAAAGUUUAUAAGGGAUUCUUAGGUGGUAAGGAAAUUGCUGUAAAAAGGCUAAGUAUGGAUUCUCAACAAGGAACGGAAGAAUUCAGGAAUGAAGUAAUUCUUAUUGCCAGACUACAACAUAGAAACUUGAUUCGACUUCUUGGAUAUUAUGGCGAGGGAGCUGAAAAGUUGCUGAUUCAUGAGUAUCUACCCAAUGGGAGCUUAGACGCUAACCUUUUUGAUGAUUCAAGGAAAAUGUUGUUGGAUUGGGAAACACGGUUUAGUAUAAUCAAAGGGGUCGCAAGAGGAUUGCUUUACCUCCACCAAGAUUCAAGAAUGACCAUAAUCCAUAGAGAUCUCAAAGCUGCAAAUGUUUUACUAUAUGCAGAAAUGAAACCCAAGAUAGCGGAUUUCGGUAUGGCAAGGAUCUUUUGCGAUAACCAGCAAAAUGCAAAUACCCAACAUGUUGUCGGAACAUAUGGCUACAUGGCUCCUGAGUAUGCAAUGGAAGGCAUCUUUUCUGCCAAGUCCGAUGUCUACAGCUUCGGCGUAUUACUACUAGAGGUUGUAACUGGUAUAAGGCGAAGCUUCAAUAUCCAUGUGUUGGUUUCAAGGAGUUUAUUGGACCAUUCAUGGAAUAUGUGGAAGGAAGGGAAGACAGAGGCACUGUCAGACUCAUCUAUCAUGGAUACUUGUUCACCUGAUGAAGUUUCGCUUUGCAUCCAUGUAGCCCUCUUGUGUGUACAAGAGAACCCAGAUGACGAUAGGCCAUUGAUGUCAUCCGUUGUGUUCGUUCUAGAGAACGGAAGCACCACACUUUCGAACCCAAACCAACCCACCAACUUUGUUGGACGCAAUAUUGAAAUGGAGCGCAUAAGAGAUGAUAUUCAGCACUCUAUGAACAGUUUUACUCUUACCGAGAUACAGGGACGGUGA